AUGAAACUAAAGGAUCAUUUUCUGAAGGAAAGUAGACUUGCCAUUAGACCACCAUUAAAAAUAAUCUCCUCCCUCUCUUUAGAAUUUGGUCCAAAACAUGGGCGUCACUGUCUGGGGCCCCUGUUCUUCCAUAAAGGGGUAUUGGGGACCCAGGUGAGUCUGAGUCUGGGAGGUAGGCGUGUGGAGAGGAACAGGGAGACCUUCCAGAAUGGUCUGACCUUCAGCAGUCGUCCAGUCAGGGUCCAGGAGAAGAUACAUCUGCGGGUGGAGCUUUGUGACCAGCACUGGAAUGGAGCUUUGCGGGUGGGAUUCACCUCCAUACCCCCCUCCUCCUGUGGGCCACUCUUCCCCCCUGCCAUGGCCAUCCCUGACCUCACCACCACCGACCGGUACUGGGCAUCCUCCGUGCCCUCCAGCCUCAACAUGCCAGAGGCAGAGCUCCGCUUCUGGGUAACCCCUAAAGGGGUGCUGGUGUGCGAGGGGCCAAAUCGUGUGAGGUACCUGCUCCUGAAGGGGGUGGAUGUGAGAAGCCCCCUCUGGGCUAUUAUAGAUGUCUAUGGGCAGACCAGAGCUGUGCUCUUAUUGGGAUCAAAACAAAAAGGAUGCAAUACGCGGAGGUCCUGCCCUUAUGAGGACAGCUGCAUGUGUGUGAACAAGGGUCUUCCCAGUUGCAUCCACCUCCCCACUGACCCUAUCACUACCACUACCACACCGAUGGACUCCUCUGCAGAGCGGGACUUGGUUGAAGAUUGCGCUGUGUGUCUAUCCUCGAGAGCUUCUGUUGUCCUAUCCUGUGGGCACCGCUGCCUGUGCCAAUGCUGCGCAGUGCGCGUCACCGCCGACUUCGGAAUCUGCCAGCUGUGUCGCCAGUCAAUCAGAUAGCGAGGACAGGUGGAAAGAAAGUUGACUGACAAAAAUUGAAAGCACAUUUUCUAUACCAGGUGAAAUCGCACAUCAUUAGUUCAUUGUUAUGGAUGUGCCAAAUAAAUGUCACUAGAAAACACCUUAGACAAAUGCAGUUACUUUGUUGUUACUCUGGCUGCACUGUUUGACGUGACCUUAAGUUAGCCAUAGUUGGCUGGCUAGCUAGCAAGCAAGGGAUAAGAACGUUGCUAGCCAGUAUGGCAGUAGAACAUUUAGAUAGAACGAAUGGGUCGCGUCCAUAGAUACUGAACAAAAAUACUUAAUGACUGGGUCACGUCUCUGGCAACGAACCGAUAGAAAGAAUGACCUGCCGGGUUGGGUAGCAACCCUAGGUUUGUGUCGGGACUAUAUGUUUCGGGGCAAUAUGUUGUGGAAGGAUGAAAGAAAAUUUUCAAUUAAAAUAUGUAAAUAAUUUGAAUAUGUUGGUAACCCCUUGUAUAAAAGUGAUAAUACCAUUGAAGCCGGUGUUUGGAGGAUAUAUUGCCACCAUUUGCAGGCCCUUGACUUCCUCUCGGGCCUAACAACACCCGUGCCAAUAUAUCCUCCAAACACCAGCUUCAAGGGCACUAAUCACUUAAAAUAACAGGCCCAGGCUAUGCUAACGUGAUGUACUGUAGGCCUAGACUUUGUCAAUGUGCAGAUGUGUUAAUAGUUUCACUAUAUAAAUACACAUGUAAAUAAAAGUGCAUUUAUCCUCAAAGGUACACUUCUUUUUAUUUGUAUUUUUACAUUGUAGUUAUUUUAGCAGUCGCUCUUGUCCAAAGCGAUUUACAUCUUAAGAUAGCUAGGUAGGACAACAACAUAUCACAGUCAUAGUAAGUACAUUUUUCCUCAAUAAAGUAGCUAUCAAUCAGCAAGGUCACUUUCGAUGGGCCUAAGGACAUUAUAUUCAUAGUCUGGUAAAAACAGCAAGUUCAUCUUGUCAAAAUGUAACAAAGCAACAGUAAACAUGUCGUCCACCACGAAUGAUUCUCCCCUCUCAGGCCAAUUAGUGACGACGAAAGUAACUCGCUCAUUUCAAAACAAAUACAUACAUUUAUGUUAACAGAUAGGCCUUUAUCAUUACGGUAUCUUAUUUUCCCCAUUGGAUUGUUUUAGCUUCAUUCAUUCACACAUCCUGAUGCUUUAGACCUAAACUUGA